UCACAUGGAGGGCGGGGGAGGAGUUGGGGGAGAGAAGUAACUAUGGGUCAUCAUCGGGGCAUUUCUUCCUCCUCCGUUACACUCAACUUUUCUGCUCGGGGAUACACACUGGGCACCCCCUCCCCUCCCCAAAGCGCUCUUUCGUUUCCCCUUUUUGAUGCCUGAUAAAAUGUUCUCCCUUCCUGCAGAGGGGCAUCAGAUGCCCGGCUCUGGCAGAGGAUCCCUCAGCUAACCUUCUGGGACACCUGAAAGGCACGGGGGACUGGCUCCAGGCAACCAUCGCAGGGGACUCUCAACCAACUAUGCUGGGCUUCCUGUUCCUCUUGGGGAUUUUCCUGGCAGCCCCACCAGAACUUCAUGCUGCCUCUUCCUCCUUGCGCUUCAUUGCUGUGGGAGACUGGGGUGGAGUCCCCAAUGCGCCUUUCUACACUGCCCGUGAGGUGGCUGUAGCCAAGGAAAUGGGGCGGACAGUAGCAUCGCUAGGAGCUGAUUUCAUCCUCUCCCUGGGAGACAACUUCUACUACAGUGGUGUUAAUGAUGUCUAUGACAAACGUUUUCAGGAGACCUUUGAGACUGUUUUCCAGGCCCCCUCACUGCGUAAGGUGCCCUGGUAUGUUUUGGCUGGAAAUCAUGACCAUUCAGGGAAUGUCUCUGCCCAGAUUGCCUACACCAAGAUCUCCAAGCGUUGGCAUUUCCCAAAGUACUACUACAAGCUGAGGUUCAAGGUCCCUGGCAGCAAUGCUUCUGUUGCCAUCCUCAUGAUUGACACCGUGACUAUCUGUGGCAAUUCGGAUGACUUCCAGGAUGAGCAGCCCUUGCGCGCACAGGAUCCCAGCGUUGCCCGUAGCCAGCUCUCCUGGCUUCGCAAACAGAUGGCCAACUCCCAGGAUGACUACUUGCUCGUGGCUGGGCACUACCCAGUGUGGUCUGUGGGAAAGCAUGGCCCUACUGCAUGCCUGGUCAAGCAACUGCAGCCGCUGCUACAGAAAUACAAGGCCACAGCCUACUUGUGUGGCCAUGAUCACAACCUCCAGUACCUUCAGGACAAAACUGGUUUGGGCCACGUGCUGAGUGGAGCAGGCAACUUCAUGGAUGAAUCCAGGCAGCACCUCAAUCAAGUUCCUGCUGGUUACCUACGUUUCUUCUAUGGCAGUACCGCUUCCCAGGGUGGAUUCACCUAUGUUGAAAUUGAUGGGAAAGAGAUGAGUAUCACUUUUAUCGAGGCCAGGGGCAAGUCACUCUACAAGACCACACUACCCAGGCGGAGACGCUUCUAAAGACAAGAGAGCCUUCAUCACUGAUUAGACAUCCUGGCUUGUAGCAAGGGGCACCAGUGAUAUCUCUGGAAUACACAUACACUUAUCCUAUGCCUUCCUCCUAGACUGGUAUUUGUGUGGAAUAUACAAAGCUCUGAGAGAGUACACUAGUCUCACAUUCUGACUCAGCAGGGUGAAAUGGAAGCAGGAUUUGGAGUUGUGAUUCAUCCCCUUCCUGCUGUCACAUAUGCACAAAAUUUGAAAUAAUAGAAUAACUGAACAGUGCUGAAUAGCAGCCGUUCUUUGUUUUUACAAUAGUAACGAAAAUCUGAAAGGGAGGUCUCCUUAGCUUACUGCAAAGUUUGUUGCUACAAAAUAGUAGAGAUUUGGCCUUCUAGUGAGUACCCUCAGAAUAAUAAUCAGCUCCUGAUGCUGUCAUUGACUCCUAGAUUUAUUAAAGGAGAAUAAACUUUUGUCUACAUUAUGAUCAUUGCUUCCUGGUGAAGACAGAGGAACUUUGGUAGCUGAUUGGAAUUGGAGGUGAAAAUUAACUAUUUUCUGUUUGCACACCCUCCAGUCUCUUGGUAUAGUUGGAAAAUGGAACAAGAAUGCCAAAUUUGAAGGCUGGAUCUAUACUGCCAUGUAAUGCAAUUUCAGAAUGCAAGUUAACUGCUAUGAACUGCAUUAUAUGUCAGUGUAGACUCAUGUAAUCCAGUUCAAUGCUUUUAAUCUGCAUUCUGAAACUGCAUUAUAUGACAGUAUAGUUGCCUAACUCUGGGGUAUGGCCCAAUCUCAGUGCUAUUAGAAGAACAUUGCAUGUCUAAAUAAUGCAUUAUAUGUGUGUGUGCCAAAGGAACUGCAGAUCUAUCUUCUGAAUAGAUUACUUAUCUGAUAAGAGGGCUCUUCAGGAUUGUUUUUCCUUUUGGAUCUGCUGUGUUGGAUUUGAUUCUCCUUUCACUCUUAGCUUCUGUUACACACUUUAAAGUUACUCAUUUACCAAGAUUUUUAUUAUCUGAAAUAGAAGGGAUUUGUUUCCUUCAAGAUUGAUUCUUUGCUACUAGAAUCCAGUUGUAUUCUGUAUAUGGGCUACUAGGUUUGUUUAAGAAAAUAGCAGAAUAUUUUAAUGUUUUCUUGUGAGUAGUUUUUAAAUAAAUUGCUUUGAAAGCA